AGUUUUAUAUUACAGACUUGCACUCCUGGAUGAUCAUCAAUCGUUACGAAGCAAAAUUUUCUUCUCAUUCUGUAGCGAGAUUUCCACAGUCACGGACAGUUCUUCAUGCAGUGUGAAUAAAAGCGAGAAGAAUUUACUUUCAUGUUUUUGCUAACCUUAUUUUGUUUUGAAAUUGAACCCGAAAAUUUACGCAAUAUUCUUUGAUCAGCCAAUCAGUUUGGUUCAGUUUAAUUCGAUUGCUUGUGAUACAGUCAAAUUCUUUCAUUAUGUUAGUAAGAUUUAUUUUACUGAUGGGGUUGUGGAUGGCGGAACUUAAUGGGAUUCCUGUGGAUCCUGAAAUGCCACCAGACAGUGGGAGGACCCUUUACGUAAGAAGUCUUCCUGGAUAUCCUGGUGUGAGGAGUGAUCUGUAUGAAGUUUAUAUGGAACCUUACUAUUUUGCCAUAGGCACGAAAGCUAUGGUGGAUGUAAAAGCAUACAAUGAGAAUGGGAUGCCAGUUGAAGGGCCAAUGGGAGUUCUCAUGCUGGAGCAAUUUCCGGAAGGAGUUCGGAUCACUGGGAGUAUCAAGGGUCUCAGUGAAGGACAACAUGGCCUUCAUGUUCAUGAGAAAGGAGAUAUCAGCAAGGGAUGCAUGUCUGCUGGAGCCCAUUACAAUCCCUACAUGACACCUCAUGGAUCGCCAAUGGAUCCCCUUCGUCAUGUUGGUGAUCUUGGUAAUAUCGAAGUUGGGCCCGAUGGCACAGCGCAGAUCGACAUGAUGGAUCAUUAUUUAACAUUAACCGGUAUACGUGGAGCAAUUGGACGUACAAUUGUAGUCCAUGAGAAACCAGACGACCUUGGCAGAGGUAAUACCGAGGACAGCAUGAAAACUGGAUCAGCGGGUGCUAGACUUGCGUGUGGCAUUAUUGGUUUCAUGUAAACCCAUCAUUUAUUUUCUUCACUAUGAUUACAUUUUCUUAUUUUUGUGAAAAUCCUGUAAUGAUGAAAUAAAUUUCACAUCAAUUCAAUGGCGUAAGCGAAGCUUAAAAAUUUACAAACUAGA